AUGUCUGAUACGCAAGCGCUUGAUGAUCCAAAUCUAGCUUCUGGCACUGAAAGUGUGACUGUAAAUGCGCAAGUUAUAGCAACAGGUAUGGAAGCUGAAAUGCAAGAAUACGCUAUACAAUGUGCAAAUGAAGCAAUCGCUGAGCAUUCGGGUCAAAAUAUGGCAAUUGCUCAAUACAUAAUGUCACACUUCGAAGAAAAGUAUGACUCGCCUUGGCAUUGCGUUGUGAGCGACGGAAAUUUGGGAUUUUUCGUACGAUAUGAUGCAUCUAAUCACAUUUACUUUACUGUAGGACCAAUUACUAUAUUUCUUUUCAAAAACCAAUGCUAA